AUGUUUCACAAAACCCUUCAACUCACAAGCAAUCUUGCACCUUCUUUCUCGUUGCUGAUUGCCGUCAACAUUCCAGUUCUACUCUUGGGCGACUGUUUCGGCAUCACGAAACGUAAAUUGAUGAUGGCUCCACCUGCCACAUCGCUCUCUUCUUCUUCACCUCUCAGCCGCGAUUCAAAAGGAUACUUUGACAUUGACAACAAACCAGAAUGGGCACGCAAACCACUACUUGGAUUUUCUACAUGGUCCACACAGCUACUUGAUGACGUUCCAGGCUAUGGUGGCAAGCACACAGAACCAUGGUUUAAUGAAUCCAAAAUCAAAGCGGUGUCGGAUGCCAUGAAAGUGAGACUCCCAAAAUACGAAUAUAUCAAUCUCGAUUCAGGAUGGAGUGAGACGUUUGAUGAAUAUGGACGUUGGACCUAUCGCAAAGAUUUAUUUCCCAAUGGUCUACGAGAGCUCUCCGAUCAUCUAAGGAGGAAUGGACACAAGUUGGGUUUAUACAUGCUACCAGGAAUACGCAAGGAUGCUUAUGAGGCGAAUACACCUAUUCUGGGAACUGAGUAUCGGUUACAAGACCUGGUGGUCGACAAGAAAGAAGGCAAUGGAUUCAAAGGCAGCACAUACAUGCCAGACAACCAUCUCGACAUUGUACAGCAAUAUUAUGAUUCGAUUGCAGACGCGUUCGCUGAAUGGGGUGUAUCAUUUGUCAAGAUCGAUGGAUGUGGCCCUGGUGGUGGAGAUCAAUUUUAUCCGUAUCAGUCACCUGACACGCGUGAGGAUUUGAAAAUGAUGGCACGUGCAUUCAAGCGAUAUGACAUUUGGCUCGAGCUAUCAUGGUUUAUGGAUCACACUUACGCCAACGAUUGGGCUUUAUUGAGUAAUGGCGCACGCGUCUUUAUCGACAUUGAAUCCUAUUCGAGUCGCACCAUGACAUCUUCUCAUCGAGUAUUUCAACGUUUCACACAAGCAGCACGCUGGGUCGAUUACAAUGUCGUUGGAUCGGAUCAUGGAUUUUAUAUCGAUUUGGAUGUUGUAUUGGUCGGCAUGGUAGUCAACGGCAAGUGCGUGGACGGCUUGGAUAACGACGACGUUCGAAUGUCAUACAUCAGCUUUUGGGCACUAGUCAGCUCGGUGUUUUGUAUUGGUGCAGAUCCACGAAUGAUACCAGACAAGUACCUUGCCAUGCUUAAUCACCCUGAUAUCCUUGCCAUCCAUCAAGCUGGCAAUAUGGCUCGUCCCAUUGGUUCGGGAGAUGUGUGGCAAAAUCGGAAACAGGUUUGGUGGAAACGGAUGCCGGAUGGACGUAUUUGCUGUGGGCUAUUCAAUGCACACACGUACAUGUUUAUGCUUGGGAAAAGCCAUGAGAUUACGUUGGAUUUGAAGGAGGUAGGAUUCACCAAUGGUCAAGUCAAGCUCUUUGAUAUCUGGGAAGGCAAGGAUGUUGGUAUCUUUACCGAUAAUUAUCGCGUGCGAUUGCGCCCUGGACAAUGUCAGAUGCUCUUUUUAACAAAAGUUUAG